AUGGAUGAUAAAAUGUUACUUAGAAUUAAAUUAAAAAGGAAAAAGAUUUGGGAGUGCAUUCUGUUGAAAGAAGAAGGGCAAGAGAGGAUAGUAGAGUGGUAUAACAAAGGUAUUAGUACUUUGAACACCAACCUAAGGUUUGAAACUACCUUUAUCGAUAUAAUUGAUGAGAAGGCAGACGUCGAUAACACACAGUAUGUGUUAAUGAACCAUGUUAUUUUGUUAACGGUACAUUUAUUUUCUUAUUCUUCACUUUCUUGCCCUGUUUGCAACGCAAUUUCCAUUGGAGUAACAUUGAUUUUGGACAUAACAUGGUCUUCGAAUGACGUGGCUAGGAACUUAGCAUCAGAUGUUGGAAUACCAUACGUCGAAGUUGAUGUUUCAAUAAGUCCUGCUCUAUUGUUACUUGAUAAAUAUUUAGACUUUAGGAAUUCCACUGAUGUGUCUCUCAUAUUUGAUAACCCACAAUAUGUAGAUCAAGCGCUUUACUAUUGGAUUGAUUCUACGAGACUGAGGAUGAUGAUUUUAGAAACACUUGACAAGAUUACUGCGAAAAAGCUGAGAGAAAUCCGACCAUAUCCAAACAAUUUUGCCUUGGUGGCCAAUACCCAAAAUAUGAAUAGACUUUUGAAAAUUGUACUAGAUGAAGAGUUAGUAACGCGACCGGACAGAUGGAAUUUAGUUUUUCUCGAUUUCAACUAUGAUAAUUUUGAAGAGAAACUGAUGUACAACAAAUCAAUAAAUUUACUAACUUUAGACAAAAACAUGUGCUGCAAUUUACUGAAUAGGAAAGAUUUUUGUUACUGUCCAGACAGCUUUAAUUUACAAGAAGAAUUUUUUAAGAAAGUUCUGUCUGUAAUAGUUAAAAGUUUGGAGGCGUUAGUCAAAGAUGGACAGAAACAUACUAAUGAUAUUAGGUGCAAUGCUACCGCCUAUGACAAUCAGACAAAGUUGAGCUUUGAAGAAAUUUUUGAGAACAAAAUUUCGAGAAACCAGCUAUAUAAAAAUAAUUCUAUUGUAAGUGUUAAAGUUGAAGGAACUAUCAAAAUUGGUCGUAACGAAAGCUAUGAGGUAGUACUAAGAUAUUUAAAUGAUGUUAUGGAACUUCAGCAAGGCAAGACUGUGAAUCCGAUAAGGCCAUUUUAUAGAAUUGGAAUAACGCAUGCCAUACCGUGGUCGUACAAGGAACAAGACCCAGAGACUGAAGAGUGGUAUUGGACUGGGUACUGUGUAGAUUUUGCCAAGAAAAUAGCCGAAGAGUUAGAUUUUGAUUUUGAAUUUGUUGAACCGAAAAAUGGCGAUUUCGGCAAAAAAGUUAAUGGUACGUGGAAUGGAGUUAUUGGAGACUUGGCUUCAGGGCAAACAGAUUUGGCAGUGGCUGCAAUAAUCAUGACGGCAGACAGAGAAGAAGUUGUAGAUUUUGUAGCACCUUAUUAUGAACAAACUGGAAUUACAAUAGUCAUAAGAAAACCAGUCAGGAAAACUUCUCUGUUUAAGUUUAUGACCGUACUUAAGUUAGAAGUUUGGUUGAGCAUUGUAGCUGCUCUUAUUGUGACAGGAUUUAUGGUAUGGUUUCUGGAUAAAUAUUCUCCCUAUAGUGCCAGGAACAACAAGAAGGCUUAUCCAUACCCUUGCAGAGAAUUUACACUAAAAGAAAGUUUUUGGUUCGCUUUAACUUCCUUCACACCUCAAGGUGGGGGUGAAGCUCCAAAAGCUCUUUCUGGUAGAACUUUGGUAGCCGCUUACUGGCUGUUCGUGGUCCUCAUGUUGGCGACAUUCACCGCAAACUUGGCUGCGUUUUUGACAGUAGAACGCAUGCAGGCUCCUGUCCAGUCACUGGAACAACUAGCCCGUCAGUCGAGAAUAAAUUACACCGUCGUUAAAAAUUCGAAUACACAUCAAUACUUUAUCAAUAUGAAAUUUGCGGAAGACACGCUUUAUAGGAUGUGGAAAGAGUUAACAUUAAACGCAUCAACAGAUGACACUAGAUACCGCGUAUGGGAUUAUCCCAUAAAGGAACAGUACGGUCACAUUUUGCUAGCUAUAAACGACUCGAAUCCUGUGGCAACGCCUGAGGCAGGAUUUCGAAAUGUAAAUGAGCAUUUAGACGCCGAUUACGCCUUUAUACACGAUUCAAGCGAGAUCAAGUACGAGAUCAGCAGGAACUGCAACCUUACGGAAGUUGGAGAGGUAUUCGCUGAAAAACCUUAUGCAGUGGCGGUACAGCAGGGCAGUCACUUACAGGAUGACUUAAGCAAAACGAUACUAAUUUUACAGAAACAAAGGUUUUUUGAGGAUCUACGUACAAAAUAUUGGAAUCAUUCUUCUAAAGGCCAAUGUCCUAGCACUGAUGACAACGAGGGUAUUACUCUUGAGAGUUUAGGUGGAGUCUUCAUCGCAACUUUAUUUGGACUGGCUCUGGCAAUGAUAACCUUAGUAGGUGAAGUAUUUUACUACAGAAGGAAAGGGAAAUCCAAUGCAAUAAAAUCGAAUAAGGCUCAUGUAUUUCCAGAAAAACAGUUAAAACCUGUACCACCUCGUCUAAUAAAUGCAUCGACAUAUCCAGUUACAAUUGGAACUACGUUUAAGCCGGUUAAUGCGAAACAGAAAGGAGAAAAGGAUGACCUAAGAUUAUCACACAUUACUCUAUACCCUCGUGCAAGAAACACCAUAACUAAAAUUAAUAAUUGA